GUCUCAGGUUGUGAAAACUACUACUCUGUGGUACAAAAGUGACCUUAGUGGUUAAAUUCUCUUUGACCGGUGGUAACGACUAACGAAAAUAUUUUAAAUAUUGUUGAAUAAUGAUAAUAAUUGAUAUGUUCAUUCAUCAUUGCUGUUCAACUAAAGAAAAAUCGGCAAAAUGAGUUUUGGUUUUGGGCAGAGUAGUACUCCACCAACAAAUGCCUUUGGAACAGCUACUCCAACUCAAGAUAACAAAGGUGGAUUAUUUGGAAAUGCUUCAAGUACACCAGUCUUUGGUGGAUUUGGAUUUGGUGCCAAGACAACCACAACAACACCUGGUCUUUUUUCCACUGCCACAACAACUUCUUCAAGCAUGUUUGGAGCAAAGCCACUCAAUUUCAGUUUUUCAUCGCCUCCCAACCAAACUGUUGGAUCUCCUGUAUUUGGUCAAACUGCAAGUCAGAAUGCUGCCCAGAAUCUAUCAUUUGGAGCGGCUACAACUCAAGCUCAAAGUAUGCCUACUUUUGGAACUCCUGCCACUGCUACAUUUGGAACUCCUGCCACUGCUACAUUCGGAACUUCUACCACAGCCACAUUUGGAACUCUUGCCACUACUACCACGGCUUCACAAGGUUUUGGUUCAUCGGCAACAACAUCCGGAUUCGGGUUCGGAAAAGCAACAACUGGUGUUGGCUUUUCAACACCCGCUUCCGGUUUCUCAGCACUUCCAACUACUGCCACAACCACUGCAAGCCAACCUUCUAGCACAGGAUUUGGUCAGAGUGCAUUUGGCAGCAAAGGUUUUAGCUUUGGUGGGGCUGCUACAACAACUGCAGCACCCUCGUUCGGUACCACGACGAGCCAAGCUCAGCCAACCCUUGGUGCUGGCUUUGGGUCAAGUACGACACAAAACCAACAAAGCACAUUCAGUUUUAACCCAACACAAACUAGUUCAGGUCAAUCUGGGGCAGGUUUUAUGGGGCAAAGUCAACAAGCAAGUGCAAAUCUAGGUCAAGCGCAACCACAAACUUCUCAACCAGGCAUGUCAUUUGGUUUUGGCCAAACAAACCAAACUAGUCAAUCUGGACUUACCCUCGGCCAAACUUCACAGUCUGGGCUCACUUUAGGACAAACCUCGCAACCCAGUCUCACUUUGGGUCAAUCUUCUCAACCAAAUGUUACCUUAAGUCAAACUUCACAACCUGGUCUUACUUUGGGUCAAACCUCACAGGCUGGACUCACUUUCGGUCAAACUUCACAACCGGGCAUUACUUUAGGCCAAACUUCCAAGCCUGGUCUUACUUUAACUCAAACUUCACAACCAGGUUUGACUUUGGGACAAACCUCGCAACCUGGAUUAAAUUUGGGCCAAACUUCACAAGCCGGUCCUACAUUAGGACAAACCUCGCAAUCCGGAUUACCUUUAGGCCAAACUUCACAAGCAAGUCUCACAUUAGGACAAACCUCUCAAGCUGGACUUACACUGGGUCAGACUUCACAAGCAGGUCUCACAUUGGGUCAAACAUCACAACCCAGUCUUACAUUAAGUCAAACGUCACAACCAAGUCUUACGUUAGGUCAAACAUCACAACCUGGACUUUCAGGUCAAUCAAAGACAAGUCUUAGUUUUGGCGAAGCUCAGAGUACAACACAAACACAACCGACUUUGAGUUUCGGAGCAAAAAGUUUCACAACCCCGGCUUCGGUUGGACUAGCUUUAGGUACUUCUAGUGGGCUUACUUUGGGUACCACAACUUCUACUGGGCUUACUUUAGCCAGCACUUCGGCUGGGCUUAGCUUGGCGUCCACUUCGGCUGGAAUUAGUUUGGCGACUACUUCUGCUGGACUUGGCCUGACCAGUACAACGGCAUCUUCUGGAUUUGGGUUUGGAAAAACAACUGCUGCUACUGUAUCUUCAACCGCCACCUCGGGUAUCACUACACUAGGAAAAACUUCAACCACAGCAAUGACUACAUUGGCCAAAACAACCACCACGCUAUCCGCCCCUCAGGCGAUCACCUCGAUAACUUUCGCCCAAUUGGAGGAGAGCAUCAACAAGUGGACCAUCGAGCUCGAGGAACAAGAGAAGACGUUCAUCAACCAGGCCACACAGAUCAACGCGUGGGACAGACUGCUCAUUGCAAACGGGGAGAAGAUCGUCGAAUUGAACGAAGCUGUAGAGACAGCUAAGAAUGAGCAGCAGAGUCUUGAACACGAACUCGACUUCGUUCUGGCUCAGCAGAACGAGUUAGAGGAACUGUUGACUCCUCUCGAGAAACAGAUGCUGGAGGAUAAGGACAGAAUCAUUGAGCCGCGGGAGAGAGAGAGGGAAAGAGAACAUAUGUAUUCGCUAGCGGAGAAUCUCGACAGCCAGCUGCGACAAAUGUCAGAAGACUUGAAGGAAGUGAUCGAGCACCUAAAUGAGACCAACCGUAGCCAAGACACCAACGAUCCGAUCGUCCAAAUAGGUCGUAUUCUGAACGCACACAUGUCGUCGAUGCAAUGGAUCGACAAUUCCAUAUCGCAGAUCUCGAACAAGCUCGACCAACUGAAGGCCACUCACGACACCCUCCGGCGAGACAAUGAGAGAUCCUUUCAACUCACUUAUAGUUAAAUUAAUUUUUAUUUAAUACAGUUUUCGAUUAAGCUUCCAUUAUUUUUGUGAUUUUAAUUGUAAUAAAUGAUUGAUGCCUUUUU